CUAACAAAAAUAUAACCUCAAAAUUUAGAAAACCUGUCACAUAUAUCUAUAAAUAUGAUAUAAAUUGGGUGUAAAUUAGUUUUAAUCACAAAAUAAUGGAUGAUUUGAAGCAUAAAAUCUUAUCGUUAAUAAACAAGCAGAACACGAAAAUCCCUUCGAUGGGAUUUUCGGAUUCAAGUUAUCAUUUCCCCCAAGAAACGCUCUCAAUAAACAGUAAAACUGUAACGGAGUCUGAUCGACCGGCCGAUCAAGAUAUUUUAGAAAGUAUUGAGGCUGCUUAUUUCUCGAUGAGCCCUGAUUUUGAUAUUUGUCGAUUUGAAUUAAGUAAAUUACCUGAUGUACUUGACUGUGAUCAAAUUCAAAGAGAUUUCAAAAAUCUCAAACAACAACAUCAGGUUGUCUCGAAAAAAGUGUUGCAAUUAAUUUUGGAGCAUCAAACGGCCUGUAAUGGGGAGUUCCAAGAUAUGUUGGUGAUAUAUGAUCAAUUAAAGGAAGCUUUGGGGUUGUGUAGAGGAAGUAGGAAGAAUUUAGAGAUAGCUGAACGACAAUUUUCAGAUAGUUUAGGAAUCUUAGCGAAUUAUAGGAAACGAAAAUUGGUGCAGAAUUUAUUAAAAAGUUUAGUAACCAUUCGCAAUUUACAUCACACCGAUUUUACAUUACAAAAGUUAUUACACGAAGACAAUUAUCCUGGUGCUAUCGAGCUUUUAAUCGAAUGCAGAACAUCAGCUAAUACUUACAGGCACUUUACAUGUGUUGCAGCUUUAACCAAUAAAUUACAAGAAACAUUGGAGUAUACCGAAGAGCAAUUAGACCGAGUUUUAGCUCAAAUGUGUUAUUAUUUCGAUGGUGUUAAAUACGACAAGUUACAACAAGCUUUUAAAUUGUUGGGGAAAACCCAAAUUGCUGUGGAUCAUUUACAUAUGCACUAUAUUAGUGCUAUUUACAACACUGCUUUAAAUAUUGUCCAUAUGUAUGUUUCAACUGUUGAUAAUACGGAUGUAAAUGAUAAUACGGGGAAAAAGAUUUAUAAAAAUUUGUGUUUGUCUGUAGAUCGAGAAUCGUUCAUUCCAUGCUUGGUGGAUUUAUGCAAAGCAUUAUUUAAAAUCGUAUUGAGUUACCAUCAACUCGUCAAGUGGCAUAAUAACCAAGAUAUCGAUGAAAAAGUUGAUUUAGAAGAAUCGUUUAAUAAACAAUACAUAAAACAAAAAUUGGAUCAUAAUUUACUUAAAAUUUGGCAAGAUGUGCAAAACAAGGUUUCAAAUUUGUUAUUAAACGGUGAUUUAGCUUCGUAUAAAUUCGAUCAAUUCGUGCAAGUUCUCGGAAUUGUCCAUCGAUUAAUUAAUGUUGGUGAAGAAUUUUGUGGGAGUAAAUCAGAGGAGCUUCAAGAAUCGAUUCGAAAACAAAGCGCAAAUUAUUUUCGAAAUUAUCAUUCGCAACGGCUCGACGAGUUAAAGAUUUUCUUAGAAAAUGAAAGUUGGGAGAUAUGCCCGGUUAAAGCGACCUUUCAAAUCACUCAAUUGCAAGAAUUUAAAUCGUUGAAAUCGAUUUUAAAGCAAUUUAAAAUACAAAUUUAUAAUAAUCAAAGUUUUUCGAAUUCGCAAGAUGGGAAUGAUUCCUCGAAUCAUUCCCAAGAUGGUAGCAGCGUAACCACGGGACAUUAUUUUAUACGUUACAUUGACCAUGGAACCCCGUUUGAUGGUGGUUUAGAUGAAACGAUUGUAGAAGAAGACAUUUUAGCCUCCGUCGGUGAUGAUUCAUCUUGUUAUUUCUCCGAAGAUAGCGACGAAGACGAAGAAGAAAAUGAAGAGUUAAAAAAAGACUUUGUUGAUGAGGAAUACGCCGAUGAAACUGUAACUAAUCUUCCAGAAAAGAAGCGUAAAAGUAAAGCCCCCAUUUUAACAAAUACCACAUUGACCGUUUUACGACAAAUCGGAAAAUAUUUACAAAUGUCGAGGUUAUUACGACCGAUAGCUUUGGAUAUUAUUUUAUGUAUGAAUCAAUUAUUCGAUUAUUAUUUGUUUGCGGUUCACGAAUUUUUUGCGGCCGAUUUGACCGUUUCAAGUAAUAAUUUGUAUUCACAAAAGUUAAAUUCGGUUUUAAAAAGGAUAAACGACAAUUUGAUAUGUUGCGGCGACUCCGAUGAAAAUGGCAAGAUUCCGAAACCGAUUUUAUCGCCGAUUGUGGAUUUAAAAAGAUCGGAACAACUUCAUGGUCUAGCUGAACGUGUCGUGGCGGUGGAAAGCGUGAUUUUUUUGUCGAAACAAUACGAGCUACUUGAGGAGUAUUUGGAGUAUUUGGUUCCGAGCCAAAAUAAGGUUAUUCUCCAACAAUUUUAUAAUCAGACCAUAAAUACAUCUUCCGAUCUACGUAGACCAGUUUAUAUGACGGUAGCAGCUCAGGCUUUCGAUUUUAGACAAAUUUUAAUUGCUAUGACAAAAAUAAACUGGGAAAUUAAAGAUGUAAUGUCCCAACACAAUGCUUAUAUAGAUAUAAUUCUAAGAGAGGUUCAAAUAUUUACAAUGUGCCUAGAUCAAGUUUCGCUAAAAGUUUAUAUCUCCGAUGAGGUUUUAAGGACACUUUGGGAGAAUAUAGCGCAUAUAAUAACACACACGUUAGUUCAAGGAUUUUCAGAGGCAAAAAAAUGUUCGAAUGGAGGUCGGGCUUUGAUGCAGUUAGAUUUCACACAAUUCUUAUCGAAAUUCGAAAAGAUUUCGCAGUUGAAACCUGUUCCACAUCGAGAAUACGUUGAGAAUUACGUUAAAGCGUAUUAUUUACCCGAAAAUGAGUUAGAAAAAUGGAUUAAAGAUCAUUCCGAGUAUUCCUUAAAGCACAUGUUUGGUUUGGUGAGUUGUGUUUGCCAAAACAACAAGAAAACCAAGCAACGUCUUAUACAAGUUAUUGAAGAGAAAUAUAACCCGAGGUAACAAAAAGGAAUUGAGUAUUAGGUUAAGUAAAAAUUAAAAAUCUCAUUAUUUGUUGUAAUUAUUUUAAUUGAGCACGAUUUGUACUUGUAUUUAUCUUAUUAUUUAAAAAUUGCGUCAAUAUAUCCUAUUUUACCGACAA